UUAAGCACCAACCUUCUCCAAAGCCAAUAACAAAAGGACACAAGAGCUUCUCUUUUUCAUCAAAUCAAAGACGAAGCUGCAUUAAGAAAUGGAGUUGGAUCUUGGUCUCUCUCUUUCGCCUCAUACUAACUCUUCAAAGUUAGGGUUUGACUUCGACCUCAACAAGCAUUGUGCCAUCGACGGUGGUACUGCGUCGUGUUUGGAUAACGGAAACCUGUGUUUUGAGUCGACGUUUCAAUUUAAUACCGAAGAAGAUUGUUGUUAUGUGCCAAAACAACGCGUGUUUGCCUUGAAUGGCCAGCCCAACGAGGAAGACGAAGAUCCUUUGGAAUCCGAGUCUUCAAUUAUUUACGAAGAGGAGGAAAAUAGCGAAGUCGUGGGAUGGCCACCAGUAAAAACAUGUAUGAUAAAGUAUCGUAGUUAUCAUCAACGUCAUAGUCAUCGUAAUCACCAUCAUUACCCAUAUCAUCAUCAUGGUAGGAGGAACACGGUGAUGAACAAUAGAAUGGCCGCAAUAGAAAGCGUUGGAUCAUCAUCGACAAUAACAUCGAGAUCAUCAAUGUAUGUAAAGGUUAAGAUGGAUGGUGUGGCAAUAACAAGAAAGGUGGAUAUCAAGCUUUUCAACUCUUACGAGUCCCUCACUGACUCCUUGAUCGCCAUGUUUACCCAAUAUGAAGAUUGUGAUAGAGAAGAUACAAACUAUGCAUUCACCUUCCAAGGGAAAGAUGGUGACUGGCUACUACCAGGGGAUGUUCCAUGGAGGAUAUUUGCGGAAUCGGUAAAUCGAAUAUCAAUAAUUAGGGAUCGUCCGUGUGCAUAUACAAGACUUUUGUUCUAAAGAUAGAGAAGUUGGAAGCGGACAAUCAUUAGUUACUUUGUAAUUAAAUUGUUUAUCAGUUUUAUGAAUCCUCUAUAUUACCUAUUCUUAUAGAUGUAGUAUCCAGUGCCAAUGGU